UAUGUAAUAAGGUUCACAAUAUAUUAAUAAGUGUUUUCUGAAACAAAAACUAUAAAAUCUUGAUUAUGGCACUUAGUGUUGCUGUAGUUGGAAAAGAUAAUGAGCCACUAUAUGUUCAUACAAGUUCUCCUGACACUGACCUUAAAUUUCAUUAUAUAAUUCACACAUGCUUAGAUGUCAUUGAAGAAAAAACCUCUUCGCUCACUAAAUCUACACAGGAUCCUCGAGAAUUAUAUCUUGGUUUACUAUACCCAACUGAAGACUACAAAGUUUAUGGGUAUGUUACUAACACAAAAAUUAAGUUCGUUAUUGUUGUAGACUCUGGAAAUGCAACACUACGUGAUAAUGACAUUCGAAUGAUGUUUAGAAAAGUUCAUUCAGCUUAUGUUGCAAUGGUUUCAAAUCCAUUUUACAAUCAUGGUGAUCCAAUUAAGUCUACGAUGUUUCAAAAAGCAGUGGAUACACUUAUGGUUACGGAUGGACCAUAAUAUUUCGAUAGUGAGAUCUGUUUCUAAAUUGAUAUUUAUAAUUUACAUAUGUUUUUUAAAUUCAUAGAUAUAUGACAAUCGUGUUGUAGUUGAAUAUUUAUUGGAUAUAUUUUCGUUUUUUA